AUGUACACGUCCUUCCAGACAGCCUUCCUCGAGGCCACCCAGGAGUACUAUGCGGUCGAGGGCCGCCGAUUAGUCACUACACUCACCGUCCCAGAGUAUCUGCAGUACAUCAGCAAGCGCAUGCAACAGGAACAGAGCCGCAUUGAGGACUAUCUUCACACAGACACUUGGGUGCCUGUGUGUGCCAUCAUGAGACAGGAGCUGUUGAAGACCCAUGUGUCGGAGUUGCUGGAGAAGGGCUUCCAUGCCAUGGUCAAGGAUAGCAAGCUGGAUGAGCUUAAGAUGCUGUACCGGUUACUGUCGACGGUGGAUGCAUUGGAGGACCUCAAGGUUCACUUCAUCACUUACUUGAGGGCCGCCUGCAGUGAGAUGGUGCUGGACGAGGCACGCGACAGUUCAAUGGUGGUCGAUCUAUUGGUCUUACGCAGCAAAAUAGAUACCAUUCUGGAGAAGUCCUUCGGCAACCAGGAGAAGCUGCGCAAUGCCUGUAAAGACGCUUUCGAAGCCACCAUCAACGCACGACCCAACAAACCAGCUGAGCUCGUGGCCAAAUUCAUAGACAGGAAACUACGCGCGGGAUACAAGAACACGACCGAGGGGGAGCUAGACGAACUACUGGACGAUGUGAUGGCCUUGUUCCGGUUGAUACAUGUACGUGACUGGUAG